UCGGGAAAUAGGUUACCUUUGAAGCUGAUUGUGCUUGAUUCUGUUGCGGCGUUGUUUAGAUCGGAAUUUGAUAAUACUCCGUCUGAUCUAAAGAAGAGAUCUUCUAUGUUUUUCAAGUUAUCAGGGAAGUUGAAGCAGUUGGCUAAUAAGUUCGGUUUGGCUGUUGUGAUUACGAAUCAGGUUACUGAUUUGGUUGAAACGUCUGAUGGGUUAAGUGGGUUGAGGAUUGGGAAUUUGAGAUUUUUGUGUUCCUCUGGUAGACGAGUUGUUCCUGCUUUAGGCUUGGCUUGGUCUAAUUGUGUGAACUCUAGAUUUUUCAUCUCACGAAGUGAUGAGACUAUCUGGAAAGAGAGAAGUGAAAAUGAUGAGAGCGGUUCGAGUUAUGUGUCUAGAAGAGCUCAGAGACGGUUUGAUAUUGUUUUUUCACCUUAUUUGCCUGUGACUUCUUGCGAGUUCAUGAUCACACGAGAAGGCAUUUGUGGGGUUCAAGCGUAGGUGAACUCUUUGGUGCUAUGUAAGAUCAUUUUUGUUCGAAGCAUCACGAGUCUUUUUUUUGGAGUUUCUGUGCAUUGUUUAUGUAGAUUGCCGAGGGAUUUAUUCAAAGCCGUUCUUUUAGAUUUCUCCUCUUAUUAAGGUGUUAUAGAGAAAUUUAUUGUCCUCAAAUAAACAUUGUAUGAACAAUUCCUUGUGGUAUUGCCUUCUGAAA